AUGCCUCCUGCGACCACCAAAGCCAUUAUUGUCGUCGAACUGCACAGGGCCGGUGUCCGCGACGUGCUGCUGCCCAAAGUCCUCCCGGGCUGGCUGCUCGUCCGCGUCAAGGCCGUCGCCAUCAACCCGACCGACUGGAAGCAUGUCGCCUGGGGUGGUGCUGACAUUGGAUGCCGCGUCGGUUGCGACUAUGCCGGCAUCGUGGAGGAGGUGGGCGAGAACGUCUCCGGUUGGAAAAUAGGAGAACGCAUCGCUGGUUGGGUCCAUGGCUCAAACCGUGCCAAUCACGAAUCAGGCGCGUUUGCAGAACUCGCGAUUGCCAAGGCCUGCGUCCAGAGAAAGAUUCCCGACAACAUGAGUUUUGAAGAGGCAGCGUCGCUUGGCGUCGCCAUCAUGACCGUCGGCCAAGGCCUGUAUAAGCGUCUCAAGAUCCCGCUCCCCACGCAACCCGCCGCCGUGCCCUUCCCCGUCCUCAUCUACGGUGGCAGCACCUCGACUGGCAUGGCCGGCAUCCAGCUGGCCAAGCUCUCUGGCCUAAUCGUCAUUACCACCUGCUCCCCGUCCAAUUUUGACCUCGUCAAGACCCUCGGCGCCGACGCCGCGUUCGACUACAACUCGCCCACUUGCGCCGCCGACAUCAAGGGCUUCACCAACAACGCGCUGCUUCAUGCGUGGGACUGCACCGGUGAAGGCGCGGGCGUCUGCGCGGCAGCCAUGUCGGAUGACCGCCCGGGCACCUAUGGCACCAUCAUGCCCGCCGACUACGACCUCCUGGUCAAGACAAACCCGCGUGUCACUGGUCAACCGUUUGAGCGUGGGUACGACGCCCAGGGGGAAUUUUACUACUGGCUCGGCGAGGACCCAGUGCGACCCGACCCAGCCGAAAUGGCAUACUACGAGUUCUUUCUGAAGCUCACACAGCCGUUGCUGGAGAGUGGCAGCAUCAAGCCGCUGCGGGCAGCGCUCAACAAGACGGGCCGCGGGCUCGAGGGCGUGCUCAAGGGCUUAGAGGAGAUGCAAGCGGGCGUGACAGUCAGUGGGGAAAAGUUGGUGUAUACAAUCUAG